CUGUGUCUUGUGGGAUUCCUGACUCCCCUGGGAAUGGUUCAGUUCUAGGCAAUGAAUUCACUCUGGGCAGUAGGUUGAUAUAUGAAUGUAAUGAGGGCUUCAAGCUAGAAUCCAGUCAGCAAGCAACAGCAGUGUGUCAAGAAGAUGGAUUAUGGAGCAACAAGGGGAGGCCACCUGUUUGCAAAUCUGUAACCUGCCCCAGCAUAGAGACUCUACUCUCAGAACAUGUUGUCUGGAGACUGAUUUCUGGCUCACUGAAUGAAUAUGGAGCUCAAGUCAUGCUCAGCUGCAGUCCUGGGUAUUAUUUAUUGGGUCGGAGGCUCAUACAGUGCAGGACUAAUGGAACCUGGAGUGUAGGCAAUGAAAGGCCAAGCUGUAAGGUCAUCUCCUGUGGUGGUCUUCCAUCUCCACCAAAUGGAAACAAGAUUGGGACCUUAACAGUGUAUGGAGCCACUGCAAUAUUCACCUGUAACACAGGAUACACACUGGUUGGCUCCCAUGUGAGGGAAUGCUUGGCAAAUGGUCUCUGGAGUGGGACUGAAACCCAGUGCUUAGCUGGUCACUGUGGUUCUCCUGACCCAAUUGUCAAUGGCCAUAUCAGUGGAGAUGGGUUCAGCUAUCGUGACACUGUAGUGUACCAGUGCAAUCCUGGCUUUCGACUCGUGGGCACCUCUGUCAGGAUUUGCCUGCAAGAUCACAAAUGGUCUGGACAAACUCCUGUUUGUGUCCCAAUCACCUGUGGACACCCUGGGAAUCCAGCUCAUGGGGUGACUAAUGGAAGCGAGUUCAAUUUGAAUGAUGUUGUCAAUUUUACUUGCAACACUGGGUACUUACUGCAGGGAGCUAACCGAGCUCAGUGCCGAAGCAAUGGGCAGUGGAGUAGCCCUUUGCCCAACUGCAGAGUGGUGAACUGCUCUGAUCCUGGAUUUGUGGAAAACGCGAUUCGACAUGGGCAGCAGAAUUAUCCUGAAAGCUUCAAGUAUGGAACAAGUGUGGCAUAUCAUUGCAAGAAGGGCUUUUACCUGCUGGGCUCCUCUGCACUGACCUGUAAAGCCAAUGGCUUAUGGGAUAGGUCACUACCAAAGUGUUUGUCCAUUUCCUGUGGACAUCCUGGGGUACCUGCCAAUGCAGUUCUUUCAGGAGACAAAUUUACCUAUGGCUCUGUAAUUCACUACUCCUGCACAGCAGGUCGAAGGCUCAUAGGAAAUUCCACGAGGGAGUGCCAAGAAGAUAGUCACUGGAGUGGGACUCUCCCUCACUGCUCAG